AUGCAGACAGUGAGAGGGGGCCCUCCCCAGCAAUCCUCUUCAGGAAUAAGUUCCCCUUCUGGUCAGCUUGGCCAUGUUGUAGCUGAGCAUUACAACAAACUGAAGGAAACAGGCCUUACUGAAAGGUCAAAGAGCAGAAUCUUCUACAUGAGGAACUUCAAUAAUUGGAUCAAGAAAAGGAAAGGGACACCAAGCCACAAACUGCAUGUUUUGGACAUUGGUUGUGGGAAGGGUGGAGACUUGCUCAAGUGGCAAAAGCAUGGCAUCAGUCAUCUCAUCUGCACGGACUUGGCCGAUGCAUCCCUCGAGCAUUGCAGGCAGAGGUACGCCGAUCUGCAGCGACGCUCGGGGAAUCGAGAGAGGACCUUCACUGCUGAAUUCUUUCAAGCUGAUUCGACCAAAGAGGUCAUUCAGGAGAAGUUCAAGGACCCCAAUAUGUCUGUGGACAUCACAAGCAUUCAGUUCUCCUUCCAUUACUGCUUCGAGAGCCUAUCCCAGGCAAAUAUGAUGCUGAAGAACGCAGCCAAGUCCCUCCGUCCUGGUGGCCUCUUGAUCCUCACCAUGCCUGACUGUGCUGAUAUUAUGUCACGCUGGCAAGAAUCAGGGUCUGAGGAAUUUGGGAAUGAGGUUUACAAGAUACGCUUUGAUUCUAAGCCAAAACCCCUUCCUCUGUUUGGUGCCAAAUACUUUUUUUCCUUGGAAGAAGUGACCUAUCCACCAUUUGAAGGGGAAAGAGCCCAAGGGAACCCUGAAUCGUAUCAGCAUGCUCGAGACUGGAUCGGGAAAACAUCUGAGGGAGGCAAAGACGACUCCUCGAACACGCAGAAGCAGAAGAAGAGGAAGAACACGCAGAAGCAGAAGAAGAGGAAGAACACGCAGAAGCAGAAGAAGAGGAAGAACACGCGGAAGCAGAAGGUUCGGAUCUGGAGUAACCGAGAGUCGAAGAGGGAGAUUUUGCAGUUGAAGUAUCAAGGUCAAAAAGUCAGGGCUGUGCUCAAAGCGACCGAGGACCAAAGAGAAAGACCGACAGUCAGAGCAUCUUAG